UAAAUAAUCUAGUUAAUAUUUAAUUAUAAGAGUUCAAAUCUGAGGAGAGGAGCCAUUGGCACAAGAGAGAGAGAGAGAGAGUUUCACUUUCUUUAAAAUUCUAAGUUCUAACAGCUCUUAAAUAGAGAUCUACUCUCUGCUUCCACCUCACAUUGUCAUUUUGAUCUACCGGUGUGUGGCCGUCGGAUCCGAAACACAGUUAUCGUUUUAUUAUCGGUAUUGUUGCAUUUGUGGCAAUGGUUGCGGAGUUGGAUGUGAAUGGCGGUGGUGAGGUGUCAUCAUCACCGAAGGAUCUGUCUAAUGGUCAUGCCAAUGCCGACGGCUCUUACGGUUUCGCUAACGGAAACGAUAUCGUUUCUGAUGAUCCUCUUCAAACAGAUCUCGACGCUGAUUCUAAUUCAGCUGUUGAGUUCGCUAUUAAACAAUCAAAGAUAAAUAAUGUUAACGAUGAAGGGGACAUGAUCCAAGAUUCGGUAAUUAUAGAUGUUAAGGGUGAUGCGGAUCAGGGGAAUGAACCUUUGGAAAGUAGUUUGGGGAAUCAAGGUGUCAAUGUGGAACGGAAUAUAGUUUUGAAUGAAUUUGUUGAUAAAAACAACUGCGUGCCCCAGCCAAAUGAAUCUUCUGAAAAUACAAAAAUCUCUGCUGAUGCAGCUGUUCAGAUCUCUGUGUCUAAUCCGUCAGGUGAACUUGGUCGGGAAGCAGCUUCAGGUGCUAUGGCUGAUGCUAACUUGAAAACUCUGGUUGUUAGUGAUCCUGCCACAGAUGAAACUGAGCAUGCUCGGGAGACUCUUGCUUCUAAUGGCUUGGGCUGUGACAGUCAGGAAGCAACAACAGUCCAACUAAAUGAUGCUUUUGAGAUUGCUAAUGGAACCCUUCCUGAUGUUCCUGUCAUUAUCAAUGAGACAACAACAGAACCUGAUUCUCCUGUCAGCAUCAGUGAGACAACAACAGGACCUCCGCCUAUUGAGUUAGGCGCUUCUACCAUAGAUGAAAAUCUUCCAUCCACAGAAACAGAAGCCCCAAAAUUCUCUGAUUUUCAUCCUGUCGACAAGACUAUGGUAGACAAUAAAGUUGAGAAUUCUUUUGUUGGAACUGAUGACUCGAUACCAGAAACCGGGGCUGGAACUGCUUCUAUGGUGUUAAAAGAGAAAGAAUCAACUUUGACGAAUGAUGACUCUAACCUAAAAUCCAUAGUCUUGGAAGGUGUCACCCUAUGUGUUGACAGCCAGAUGAUCACUGUUGACAAUGCAGCUGUAGAAUCCAGCAUAUCUGGCUCCAAAGAAGAAGAAAGCUGCUUGCCUACAUGUCCAAGUGCUGAUUUGACAUCUGGGUCAAAAAUUGAAAACAUAUCUGCUGUGAGUUGUGCAGAAUCGCCGCUUGGAGAUGUUUCUGAAUCUGAGGUUCUUAGUGGAUCUGUCAAUAACAGUCAAGUAGAUGAAGAAUCGAAUGUAAGUUGUUCCAUAGAAACUACCUUUCCAGGUGCUGAUGUGGAAGUGGGGUCUGAAAUUGAAAAGAGAGCUGUAGUGAGUUCCAUAGACAUGCCUGCCGACAAUGUUAUUAUUUCUGAAUCCAAGGUUCUGGACCCAGAAGUUGUUUAUGGUGAAAAUGGGGGAAUUCAAUCCACUAGUAAAGUGGUACAGGACAGUCAGGAAAUGCAGUUCUCUCAUGCAGUAAAUGAAGAGAUUGAAUCCUUAACAUGUCAAGAAGUAGAAGAAAAGGGGACUGGUGAAGAGAAAUUGGAGGAAAAUGGGAGUGAAGAUGUUGUGAAUAAAAUAUGUCACGAAGCAAAGAGUGAUGAAGAAAGUGAAACAUGUCAAGUAGAGGAAACGGGGAGUGAAGAGAUUGAUGACAAAACAUGUCAAGUAGGGGAAAAGGCGAGUGAAGAGAUUGAUGAAAAAAUAUGUCAAGAAGGAGAGGAAAUGGGGAGUGAAGAGAUUGAUGAAAAAACAUGUCAAGUAGAGGAAAAGGGGAGUGAAGAGAUUGAUGAAAAAACAUGUCAAGAAGGAGAGGAAAGGGGGAGUGAAGAGAUUGAUGAAAAAACAUGUCAAGAAGGAGAGGAAAGGGGGACUGAAGAGAUUGAUGAAAAAACAUGUCAAGGAGGAGGGGAAAGGGGGAGUGAAAAGUUUGAUGAUAAAAUGGGAGAAAUUCAGUUCACUGAUCAUGAAACACAUCAAGAACAGGUAGAAAUUCAAGAAAUGAAGGAGUUAACUGGUGAAGGAAGUGUGGAAAUUCAAGAAGUGGAGGCGGUAAUUGAUGAAGACAGGGAUGUUAAAAUAUGUCAAGUUAGGGAGGAAAAUAAAAACAUAGAAAUUCAGUUUGGAGACCAUGGAGCAUCUCAAGACGUGGAGAGCAUUGAUGGGACUCACAGGGAUGAAACUCUAACAUCUACUCCAGAAGGUUCAACCACUGAUGCUUCUGAAUUGCAGAAUGCCAGUGCUGAGGUGGUGAAAAAACCAUUCUACUUCUUGGUGAAAGUUCCAAGAUAUGAUGAUGAAAAUUUAAGGGAACAAAUCAAAUCUGCUCAGUUAAAAGUCGAUGAGAAAACUCAAAGUCGGGAUGUGAUUCAUGCUGAAAUCCAAAGUAUAAGGGAUGCUUACAAGAAAUGUGGUGAUAAUAUAGAAGCUACUGUUCUAGAAGAGAAAGCUGCACGAGAAUUGCUCAAAUCCAAACGCCAGGAAAUAGAUUCUCUUCAAGCUGUGAUUAACAAGGUGAAGAAUGCAAUUUCUGUAGAGGAUAUUGAUGGGAGGAUACGUAAUAUGGAGCACAAGAUCGCACAUGAAACUCUUCCACUGAAGGAAGAAAAGCAGUUUAUUCGUGAUAUUAAGCAAUUGAAGCAACUUCGUGAACAGUUCUCGUCCAGCAUGGGUAAGGAUGAUGAUGUUCAACAGGCUUUUAACCAGAAAGACCAAAUCGAAGAACGCAUGAAGUUGUUGAGAAAGGAGGCAGAUUCACUCAGAGAGAAUGUUCUCAAAGCUGAAGCUGCAACUCAAGCUGCCAGAAAGAAACAGAAAGAUGAAAGCGAAAAGCGUAAGAAAAUGUAUGCUGAAUUUAAUGUUGCAGACGAAAUUCGGCAAGAAGCAUAUAAGCAUUUGCAGAGUUUGAGGAAACAAGUAUAUGAUAAGAACAAACACUUUUGGAAGUACAGGGAUGAUGUCAAGCAAGUUAAUGAUUUAUUGUCAAAAGGAGAUAAAGAGGGAAUCCAAAAUCUGUGUGUUAACCAGGUGGAGAGCAUGUUGGAACUAUGGAACAACAACAACGAGUUCCGCAAAGAAUAUUUGAAUAGCAAUAUUAGAAGCACAGUUAGAAGACUGAAGACAUUGGAUGGUCGUUCACUUGGUCCCAAUGAGGAGCCACCUGUUGUUCACUCCUUAGUAAAUAAUAGAGUGACCACUGAUAAUUCUUUGUCCCAGAUUUCAACUCCUAAAGAAGUAAUGACAGAACAAAUUAUGCCGCUGAAAUUUGAAAAAGAGGAUGACAAGCCUGUUCCUAUAGUUGGGGAACAAAAGAAUCAGACUGGUAAAUCUAAAAGGCAAGCAAAACCAGCUCAUUCAGCUAAUGGCCUGGCAACUGUUUCUGGUAGGGAUGAGAUUGAACAGGAAAGAGACGAAGAGCCUAAGCGCACAAAGGAAGAAGAGGAAUUGGCCAGGAAGGCAGAGGAAUUGAGAAAGGAAGAGGAAGCAGCCAGGUUGAAAGAGCAACGUCGGGUAGAGGAGAAGGUAAAGGCGAAGGAGGCUUUGGAGAGGAAGAAACGAAUUGCUGAGAAGGCCCAAGCCAGGGCUGCCCUGCGAGCUCAAAAGGAAGCUGAACAGAAAGAGAAGGAAAAAGAAAAGAGAGCAAGGAAGAAGGAGAAAAGAAAAACAGCUGCAACGGAGGAUUCUGAUCUAAUGAAUGAAGGAGAAUCUACUGCAAAUGCAGAAACUCCAGUGGAAACUCCAAAAUCUUCUGAAACUAAAGAGAAGAUGGUUACAGUGACAAAGAGGCCUCAAAAACCAUUGCAAUUCACAAAACAAAGCAAGGCAAAAUCUGUCCCGCCGCCUCUUAGAAACAGGGGCAAGCGAAGGAUGCAAACAUGGAUGUGGGUAGCGAUUUCAGCUCUUCUUGUUGUUGCCUUGUUUUUGUUGGGGAACAGCAGCUUCCUGUCUAAAUUUGCGCUGAAAGGGUUUGGUUUCUAAAUAUAUCUGCAAUUCAAGUAAGUAGGCAACUGGUGUGAUAUUUACAUAUAGAUAUGUAGGCAGGCAAUCAAUUCUUUUGUGCUCUUCUCAGGUUUGCUUUCUCUUACUCCGCAUUCCAUUUUUAUAAGUGGCAUUUUCUUUCACACACAAGCCAUAGAUUGGUUUUUAGCCCUACCAUUAUAUGAACAAAAUUGAUUUGGUAUUGCUGACAUUUAGUAUUAUUAUUUCUAUUUAUAUUUAUUAUUAAAUAUAAUAAGCACAAAAAAUUUUCCGGACU